AAUAAUCCCAGUUUAGGAUUUAUUCAGCCUCUGGGCCAGUUUCUGGCCCUACUGCUGCUUCUGCAGUAGGUUUUCCUUUUCUCCCAGGAAAACCUUUGGCCUUUGCUGUGAACAGCAAAGAAUCCAUCCCUUAAUGUCCUUGGGAACGGCUCAUCUUGGUGCACAGACUGUCCUCCUUGGUGCUUUCUGUCCUCCUCUUGGCCAGUAUGUCCCUUGAUCCCUAAAGCCCAGCCUGUUUCCCUAAGCUGUGCUGUGGAGAGAGGAAGGGAACCGUCUACUGAGUUUAACAGGAAGCGAUGUUGGGGUGUGAUGGUUGUGCUGGAUAAUGAACUCUGGUUGUUCAGGGAAGGGGGUUGGUCAGUUCUGCAGAUGUGAUCUGAAUUUCAGAGCUGCCUUUCGUGCCUGCUGACUGUGCGAGUGUGCUGCCUCUCCCUGAUGAAUUAAUCUUGAUCUGUGGUGUCAUAAAAUACGCUCUUCUGAUUUUAUUAUAUUCAUCUAAGGUUGUAUUUCUUCUUAACUUUAUAUUUCUCGUUAACGUGAGAUGAAAGCGGAAAUAUCUGCUCUGUGUUUUCAAGAUGCAGACGGUCCCUGUACAGCUCAGUUUGGGUGUGUGGUUUGCCUCAUCUUCUCACAAAAACAUGUUGAAAGGGCAGGAAUAGUGAAUGAGUUAUAAUAAGCAAACUACUCCCUGCUGUGAGAGUAAAUUAAAAACUUGUAGUAUCUUUGUCUAAAUUGCAAACUAACCAGCGAAUCUUGUACUUGGGAGACUUGAAUUAAGGGCUUUAUUCCUCCUGUUAUUUAAAAUCUGAUGAUGAUUCUGAUUUCUCUGCUUUUUCAUGUCUGUGAGGGACCAAUAAGGCUACCGAGUCACAGACUGAGAAGUAGCUGUAAUGAUUUAAAUGACCUAAACCUAAGGAGAGAGUACUGAAGUGUUCAAAAGAGAACCCAAACCUUUCCAGCUGAUGAGCUCUGAGGAAAUAUUAGCUGAUCGUUCCAUUGUGGCUCAUUUAUUUAAAUCAGAUCCUGGUGUCUUCUGUAGUGUGGCCAGCACUUGUCAGCAGCCAUUUAGUGUGAUAUAUUGGUGGCAAACUUCUUGUCAGGAUGUUGGUUGAUAGCAGCAGUAAAAACUGUUGAACGCAGCAAAGAGAUUUAAAAAUGCUCAAGUGUUUUUUAAAAUGCUUGUCAGGUACCUUUCUGUGGCUGUGUCACACCUAAUGGGCUGUAAAGAUGUCACUAUAAAUCAGUGCUGAAAAUGGGACUGGGUACUAAAUGCAGGGGUAUAAGGAAGGGCAGAGAGAAGAGAUCCUUGGAAGGCAUUUUGGAAAACUGCUGUGAGGCCAGGAGGCCUUCGGUUCAUCCCCAGCGAUGCCACGGUUGGCUUAGUCCUGCCCAGCAGCGACAAUCCAAGUGUUACAUGGACAGUUUUUCUCCCAGCUUCUCUGCCCCAGGAGGCCCACUCCCAACAGGAGGAGAUGAAAAGAAGCCUGGACUUCUUUUUGAGAAGGAAAUUUUAGGAGGCUCUGUGCCAGCUAAAUCCCUGGCUCAGCUGAGGGUUCACGGGGCAGCCUGCCUUGGAUCAGAACCAGCCAAAACCGAGUCCUCAUGCCUAAAUAUGUACUGCUUCCUGUAGUUUUUCCCUGCCUUGCUCUUUCUGCUGCACAUUUCCUCCCUGUUGUUCAUUUUCCAGGGACAAGAAUUAGUUCCUUCAGCCAGGCAGACUUGGCCUCUGGCAGCAUCCAGUACGUCCACACCAGUGAGGAGGAAAAGCACACGGAUGCCUUCACCUUUUCUGUGUCUGAUGGGACAAACGAGGUGAGCCAGACAUUUGACAUCACCAUAAACCCCGUGGAUGACUCCUUGCCCAUUGUGCAAAUCUUUGGGAUGACAGUUCAGGAAGGGGUGAGAAAAACCAUCACGGAGUUUGAGCUCAAAGCGACAGAUGCUGACACAGAGGUGGAGUCCCUGACGUUCGGGGCGGUGCAGCCGCCCCGGCACGGGCUGAUGGAGCGCAGCGGCUGCGGGCAGCGUCCUCUGCAGGCCACCACCUUCACCAGGGAUGACAUCACAUCUACCAGAAGCGCGGCAGCUGCAGGCACCGCGGCGGCAGCGCGCUCAGGGACCGCUUCACCCUCACCGUCUCCGACGGCACCAGCCCCCUCUUCGUGGUGCAGGAGGGAGGGAAGAAGGUGUGGCCCACAUCAUGUUUAAGGUGGAGAUCAUGUCCAACGAAGACUGGGAGUGGCACGAGUCCUUUUCUCUGGUGCUGGGCCCAGAUGAUCCUGUGGAAGCAGGACCUAGGGACCUGCUGAUUCAAGGCUGAAGUGAACCUUUAAGAAAUGAGGAACAGGUUGAGUAUGGAAUUAUCAGAGCACAGCACAACUCGCAGCCUGUUGGGGAGGGUGAAACAGAGAAACCUUAUGAAUGUUAUUGUUUGGCAGAACAUUCUGAAAAAAGAAGGCUAGAAUCGAAGUAGAAAUGAAAGCCUGCUUUGAGUCAUAAGAUACAGAGUACUGGUUACUAUAUGACCAGAGAACAAUAGCCUAGCCAGCUAAAGGAAAAUCCCUGCUGAUAAAACAAUGCCCUUCUGCUGACAGAAAGCCCAAAGGCCAAGAAGCAAGGAAAGAACUUGUAAAGCCUGUAGAGCCUCAAAUGCAACACUGUAUGUAAAGUCUUUAGUGGGUGUAUCUCAUAGUGAUUGGAUACUGGGAAUUAGAAUAUUCACUGUAGAAAAAGAUACAUUGGAUUGUGACAAGAACUUUGCUCUCUUAGCUUUUCACUCUUGAACCUCUCUCUCUUAACCUCUCUCAUACCUCUUGGCUCUUCUCUCUUACCCCUUUACUCCUCUCUCAGCUCCCCUCUCCCCCUCUCUUACCUCUUCCACUCUUUCCCUCUCUUACUCUUACCCUCUUGGUUUUUCCCCUCUUACCCCUCUCUUGU